CAGCGUUACGCCGCCUUGGGUUCGAAAACCACGCAUCUCGCGAGUCUCGUCCACCUCUGCCAUGCCUGGUGACGAGCCGAAUACCUUCAGAACUCUUGCAUCUCCUUCUCCUUCAUACGAUCAUAGCGUGCUCGCUCAAUACCUUCGCCCUCGAAGCUUUCCGCGGGUAGCGAUGUGGUCCGUCUCCGAUUCGAAGCUUUUUCGAAAGCCCUUGGCCAUGUCGCAUUGGACGCGUAUCUCGGAAAAGCGCAUGGUUCUCCCUCAAAGGAAAGACAUCAGUUCCAUCUUGUCACAGGACCAUGCCAGUUGUUUCUAUAUGAACCAGUCCCCGCAUCUUAUAAGCGGGUGCAUUUGACAUAGGGUAUGUCUUUUGAGCCCAAUGUGAUUGUUCAUACUUGUAUGCUGUUUUUAUGAACCACAGAACACCUUACACUGAUCAUGAACUCCGAUAGUCGCGACACGAGCUCAAGUGAUACAGAAUUGCACGCAGGUAGAGACAAAGAAGAUGAAUUGUGUCGGCCGCAGCAGACGCAGACCAUCCGGCGCAAAGGGACUGUCACUAGAAAUGGACACCCUCAUGAUGAGUGGGCCACCCGUGAGAAAGAGACGCAAAUUCCUCUCAGAGACGAGACGACAGCAAUGCCUUCUGCGGGAGAAAGUGAUGGAAACGUGUCUCUAACUAAUGAACUCCGGACGCUUGUGAAAUUGCUGCAUACACAGAAUCUUCCCCAGAAAGCGUCGUGUACGUCGAUCGCCUUCACAAACGUCUCUGUCCAACAGCCAGGGUCAAACGUUGGAACGCAACAAACCCUAGCAGCAAUUUUUCAAAAGCCGGUCAAGGUUGCGCGAGAUCUAAUAUUACGAAGACGGAAGACUGAGACCCUGUUGCUGCAUGGAAUUGAUGGGAUCGUCAGGGACGGCGAAAUGCUGCUGGUGCUAGGUCGGCCAGGCAGUGUCUCCAGCGCCCUCCUCAAGGCUCUAAGCGGGCAGAAACAGGGUGACUUGGCCAUCGGUGGAGAAAUCAAGUACAACGGGGUGGACAUUGAGAAAUUCAAGAGUCGGUUCAAAGGAGAUGCGAUUUACGUUCCUGAUGUCGAUUUUCACUUUCCCUAUCUUCUUGUCGGCAACACUUUGGAUUUUGCCUCCGAGACAAAAACACCUAGGAAUCAAGUUGCCGACCAAUCACGGGCCAAAUUGAUUAGGGCGAUGACAGACGUGUAUGGAAGUCUGCUUGCAGUGCAACACACCUUUCAGACGAGAGUAGGCAACGAGUACGUUCAGGGCAUCAGCGGUGGCGAACGCAAGCGGGUAUCGUUGGCUGAAGCUGUUCGUCUCUCUCUUCUCGCCCUUUAGUGCCGCAAGUUUCUAACACAAUCAGUUCGCCAUGCGAGCAUCUGUCACGAUGUGGGAUAAUCCCACUCAUGGGCUCGAUUCGUCAACAUCACAGGAAUUCAUUCAUACAAUUCGAGCCAUGACCGAGACAUUCCGACAAACUGCUGUUGUCGCGCUGUACCAAGGAGGUGAAACGCUAACACAAGAGUUUGAUAAAGUAACAGUACUCUAUCAAGGCCGCCAAAUCUUCUUUGGGACGGUCCCGGAUGCUAAGCACUAUUUUGAAGACAUGGGCUUCGAAUGUCAUCCGCACCAAACAACAGCGGACUUCCUCACAGCGAUCAGCGACCCAACAGCCCGAAGGCCCAGAGCUGGCUGGGAAGCGAAGGUACCAAGGUCGCCAGAAGACUUUGUAAAGCUUUGGAAAAUCAGCCAUCACUAUUCCAAGCUCCAAGAAGAAAUCCAGGAAUACACGAGGGAAUUUGGUCAGUACGAUGCGGAACUCGCGAAAUACGAGGCCUAUCGAUCAGCCACAAAAUCAAAGCAUCAGCGACAACGGAGCAUCUACACCGUCGAUACAGUGACUCAAUUUACCGCCAACCUCAGGCGCAGCUUUUACAGAUUCAUUGGCGACAAAGCAUUCCUGGGGGCAACGGCAUUUAGUUCUGUCUUCAUGUCCCUGAUCAUGGGCAGCAUGUUCUACAAUGUGCCAGCCUCGACCUCGGGAUUUUUCUCCAAGGGGGGCGCUUUGUUCUUUGCAAUUCUCUUCAACUCCCUCCAAACCAUGGCCGAAAUUGGUACUCUGUAUUCUCAGAGACCGAUCAUUCAACGCCAGAAUACGUACGCCAUGUACCAUCCUUUUCUGGACUCUUUGGCGAGUUUGGUGGUCGAAUAUCCUUAUAAGAUUGUCAACGUGACUAUAUUCGACAUCAUCCUUUAUUUCUUGGUCGGACUGAAGCAGAAGGCGAGUGCCUUUUUCAUCUUGUGGCUGACUACCUAUUUGGCUACUCUGGUCAUGAGUGCCUGGUUUCGAACAAUAGCCGCCCUCACCAAUAGUCCUGAAGCUGCCAUUGGUGCCGCGGGCAUAUUGGUACUAUCCUACGCCAUUUAUACCGGCUACACCAUCCCGAAACCCAGCAUGCACCCUUGGUUCAAGUGGAUCACUUAUAUCAAUCCACUCUCCUAUGCUUUCGAGACUCUAAUUGCCAACGAGUUUCACGACACAACGGCUCCGUGCGACGCCCUGGUCCCCUCUGGCCCAGGGUAUAGCAAUGCAUCAGCUGCCAACCAGGUUUGUGCCGUCACAGGGUCACACCCAGGGCAGCGGUUUGUGAGCGGCGACGACUACAUUGAACUCUCGUUCGACUAUCAUCAUUCUGAUGUAUGGAGAAAUGUGGGCAUCCUAUGUGCUUUCUUAUGCGGCUUUGUUGUUGCGCUUGCUGUAGCGACAGAAUUCAGAACUGCCUCAGCACAACAUAUUCGAGAACGCUUGUAUUACCGCAAAGGCCACGAGCCGGAGCGGCUGAAGAGACUCUCAAAGAGAGGAGCGAGGCUCAGCGAAGACGAGGGAGAAGCACAAUACUCUGAGGAAGCCAUCACGGAGAUCCCAUCACAUGGAUCCGCAACUAAAGAACUUGUUACCUGCAAGAAAGUCCUGACGUGGGAGAAGGUGACAUACGACAUCACGCUCCGUGACGGCUCCCAGCGCAGGUUGCUGGAUAAUAUCACGGGCUACGUGAAGCCGGGCACUCUCACGGCUUUGAUGGGAGAAUCCGGUGCGGGUAAGACAACACUUCUUAAUGCACUUGCUGCACGGCUUCGCGGUGGCACCGUCGACGGAGAGUUUCUUGUCAGUGGCAAGCUUCCCGACCGUUCGUUUCAUCGAAUGACUGGCUAUGUACAGCAACAAGACGUCCACCUCUCAUCGUCUACCGUGCGAGAAGCACUUCAAUUCUCGGCUAAACUACGCCAAUCGAAGGAAAUACCUCUUUCAGAAAAGCUUGACUACGUGGAGAAAGUCAUUGAGAUGAUGGAGAUGGAGGAUUUCGCCGAAGCUAUCAUAGGCGUUCCCGGCAGCGGAGGUCUCAACGUUGAACAGAGAAAACGAACCACAAUCGCCGUGGAGCUAGUCGCAAAACCAGAGAUACUACUGUUUUUGGACGAGCCUACGAGCGGGCUUGACUCCCUCGCAGCAUGGUCUAUCAUUCGCCUGCUGAGGAAGCUUGCUGACUCUGGACAAGCCAUCCUAUGCACGAUCCACCAACCCUCAUCAAUGAUAUUCGAGCAGUUUGACCGUCUGCUCCUUCUCGCGAAGGGUGGGAAGCCGGUGUACUUCGGUGAGAUCGGUCAACACUCCAGAUCCAUCCUCAGAUAUUUCGAGAAGAACAGUGGCCAACGCUGUCCCGCGGGUGGUAAUCCUGCAGAGUUUAUACUUGACGUUAUUGGAGCAGCUAUGAGCCCGAAAUCGAACCAGGACUGGAACGCGACAUGGAUGAGCUCUGACGAGUACCGUUACAUGUCUGAAGAGAUGCAAAGCCUGCAUGACCAAUUCAUCGAUAGUCCCAGCCAACAGCUGAAAAAACACGGGCACUCGAAUCACAGGACUGCAAGCUCCGGGACUACCUUCGCUGAGCCCUGGGCCACUCAGUACCUUGCAGUUCAAUUAAGGCUUUUCGUGCAUUAUUGGAGAAUCCCACAAUACAUCAUGGGAAAGAUCAUGUUGAAUGUCGUGGCGGGGCUGUUCCUCGGGUUCACAUUCUAUCAAGAGGGUAACUCAGUACAAGGUCUUCAAAACAAGUUAUUCGCAGCUUUCACGUCGGCCAUUCUAGGCAUGCCAACGAUGAACCAAUUCCAACCACAAUUUUCCAGCUUGGCGAAUCUGUUCACUGAGCGAGAAAAUCCCUCAGGCAUGUACCAUUGGAGCGUAUUUGUCCUGUCGAAUCUUGUCACGGAAACAAUCUUCAACAUAUUGGCGGGCACCCUGUUCUUCUUCCCUUGGUACUUCCCAAUCGGCUUCUCGCAAGGCUGGGUGGGCAGCACCGCAGGUGACGGGAGCAGAGGUUUCUACAUGUGGCUCCUUCUCAUGACCUACGAAAUGUGGAUCUCCACCUUUGGCGUCGCUAUCGCCUCUCUGGCGCCCAAUCCUCAGACGGCAGCUGUUUUGACGACGGUCUUCGCCUCUUUUGUGGUCGCUUUCAAUGGCGUGCUGCAACCGCUAAGCCAGCUUCCUCAAUUCUGGCAUUUUAUGUACCAUGCCUCACCAUACACAUAUCUGAUGAGUGGAUACAUCUCCAACGCAAUCCACGGCACCCGCAUCAUCUGCGCUCCCCAGGAAAUCAACGUAUUUCAACCACCGCUGGGGCAGACAUGUAUGGAAUACGCUGGUGCUUUUGUCCAGGAACAGUUUGGAUACCUCUUAAAUCCAGGCGACAUUUCAAACUGCCAAUACUGUCGGUAUUCAAGCGGCGAUCAAUAUCUUGUCACCCGCAACAUGAACUACGGAGAUCGCUGGAGGAAUUUCGGGCUCAUGUGUGUUUACAAUAGUUUCAACGCCGGCAUAGCCUUCCCGCUUUUCUACCUGGCAAAGGUUGCAACAUUCGACAUGAAACGACUAAUGUUGUGGAGGUCAUGGUCUAAGAAAUAGCACCUUUUUGAUCUUCAUUGGAUUUUGUCGGUACCUCUGAUCGAUGCGAUGGGGCGUCUGCGAAAAUCUUAUGCCUGGACCAAGAAAGAUUCUUUCAUCUCUGGUCUCAACGUGGUGACGAGAAAAGGGGAAGGCAGCUUUUGCAAGCAGACGACCGGCUUUCUGUCUUCAAGUGCUCGACUUCGAGACAAGCGUAUACUUCUAUGAAAUAGCAGCCAUUUAUCAAUUGAGCCCAGUUCCAGCCUGCGGAGCCUCACAUGCUCACCUAUGGGGGAUUUAAUCAACGUGUCAAAAGGGACUGGCGAACCGAGACAGACCCGGCCUGAUAACGUGCGGGAGUGAAACAAAGUCGAUUCCAAAAUUGGCACACGAGAGAUGUGCUGAUGCAGAGGCAGUACUUACGUGAGGCCUGAUACGAGAGUCAUCCCAAGCUCUUCCGACCUUGUCCGGGGACCACCAAACCAAGGUGCACAAGAUAUCAAAGAUUCGACACAUCGAACCCCCCUGGUCAUCAUUUGUGGGCAAUGUCAUGUGAGCUUACCCACAUAAAACUGCUGCAAGCAUGAAAACCCGACGCUACACAUCACAUCGGAUUCCUUAUCUCGCUCUACCUCUGUUGGGUGUCCUGAACGACUGCUCAAAUGGAACUUGACAACCUGGAGUGGUCGCAGCGAAACCACCCGAAAGAUUACCGCAGGCUGCUAGAAGAGCAGCUCCAUACUCUUAGCUCCACGAGACUGCGGCCCUCCGUCGAUAGGAAAGGCAAACGACUCUCCAGGCCCGGAGGGAUCGAGCUAGCCUUCUGCACCCCGACUUUUCCCUCUACCCCGGAUGGAGUCGGCAAUACAUUUAGGCCUUCUCGAGGCUCGCUGAGCUCACCGCGGUGUGGCUGCCGACCUGUGCGAAAAGGGGUUGUGACGAGGGUAAACAAUGACACGGUGAGUUCGUGCGAUCGGAUGAGGAACACACGCUUGCACAGACAUUCCGACAUCACGAAGCCGGUAUGUGUUGGAUGCAAUCCGGCUGUCAGCUUUCGCCUUGAUACAGGACGGACCCGGGAAUCAAUAGGACUGAAUCCAAUAGAUUUGGUUUCUUUUGUUUAUCUACCACCUAUAGAAUGAUUGUUGAAAUGGGGUAUCUCAAGAGUUGUUGAAAGUCGUCAAAAAAGGCAUGCCACACGUAGUAC